UCCUUGCAGCAACUACAGUUCUUAACAGAGGCUGGGUGGUGCUGUAAUUCUCUGCAUCCAAGAAAGAUCCAAACCAUGAGACCAUCAGUAAAAAUUAUGUGCCUUAUGUUAUGGACUGUUUGUGUAGCACAAGAUCAACCUUGCGCUUUUCCACAAAUCAAAAAUGGAGAACUAUAUAGAGAACACUGGAUCAAACGCUACUACACAACAGAAAGAAAAGAGUGGUACUACUACCAUUGCAACCCAGGAUUUGUAACUCCCUCAAGGGAAUACUGGGACAAAAUUCGCUGCACUGUACAAGGGUGGGAGCCUGCAGUCCCAUGCCGCAAGGUAUGUGGAAUCCAUUAUAUAGAGAAUGGGGAAGUUUUACAACGGAGAGGAGACUACAUACAGGAUGAGUCUGUAAGAGUCUGGUGUCACUCUGGCUACAGUCUCCCAAAUGAUCAGGACAUAGUUACAUGCACAGAAAACGGCUGGUCUCCUCAACCCAAAUGCAUCCGUGUCAAAACAUGUUCAAAGUCAGAUAUAGAAAUUGAGAAUGGAUUUUUUUCUGAAUAUGCUAGCACAUAUGAUCUAAACAGAAAAACACAGUAUAGGUGUAAACAGGGAUUUGUAACAUCGAAUGGAGAGACAUCAGGAACAAUUACCUGCCUCCAAAAUGGAUGGUCAGCUCAACCCUCAUGCAUCAAGUCUUGUGAUAGGCCUCUAUUUGAGAAUGCUGUGACUAAAAACAAUAGCACAUGGUUUAAACUCAAUGACAAAUUAGACUAUGAAUGCCAUGUUGGAUAUGAGAACAGAUAUAAAGAUACCAAAGGAUCCAUAAUAUGUAAUUAUGAUGGAUGGUCUGAUAGACCCUCAUGUUAUGAAAGAGAAUGCAGCAUUCCAUUUCUUGACCAAAACUUGCUCGUCAAUCCCAAGAAGGAGAAAUAUAAAAUUGGAGAUUUGUUGAACUUUUCUUGCCAACGAGGACACAGAGUUGGACCAGAUUCAGUUCAAUGUUAUCACUUUGGAUGGUCCCCUAGUUUCCCAACGUGUAAAGUAGGUCAAGUGAGAACAUGUGAUCAACCACCUGAACUCUUCAAUGGGGAAUUCAAUGGAACAAAGAAAGAACAAUACAGCCAUGGUGAAGUGGUGGAAUAUGAUUGCAAGCCUAGAUUUCUACUGAAGGGACCCAAUAAAAUCCAGUGCAUGGAUGGGAAUUGGACAACCUUGCCAACAUGUGUUGAAGAGGAGAGAACAUGUUCAGACAUUCCUCAACUUGAGCAUGGCUUUGUCCAGUUUUCUGUCCCUCCCUACUACCAUGGAGAUUCAGUUGAGUUCACCUGCAAGGAAACAUUUACGAUGAUUGGACAUGGGUCAGUUUCAUGCAUUAGUGGAAGGUGGACCCAGCUUCCUCAGUGUGUUGCAAAAGAUAAACUAGAGAAGUGUAAAGCACCAUACUCAAUUGAAGCAACUCCUUCCAAUAAGAAUGAAUUUAAUCAUACUGUUAUCAUAAGAUAUAAAUGCAAAGGAAACCAGGAGUAUAAACAGUCAAUCUGCAUCAAUGGAAGAUGGGAUCCUGAACCAACCUGUACAAGAGUAGAGAAAGAAUUCUGCCCUCCCCCACCACAGAUUCCAAAUGCCCAAGUGUUGGAAACCACAGUGAAAUAUUGGGAUGGAGAAAAAGUAUCUGUUCUUUGUCAAGAUAAUUACGUAUUACAGAACACAGAAGAGAUGGUGUGCAAAGACGGAAGGUGGCAGUCGUUACCACUCUGCAUUGUGAAAAUUCCAUGUUCUCAGCCCCCUGAAAUAAACCACGGAUCGAUUAAACUACCCAGAUUGUCAGAAGAAAGGAGAGACACAGCAGAGUCCAGAAGUUAUGAACACGGCACUACACUCAGCUAUGUUUGUGAUGAUGGCUUUAGGAUGGCUGAGGAGCACGGGGUAACCUGCCACAUGGGGAAGUGGAGUGCUCCACCUCGUUGUGUCGUUGAGAACCCAUAUAAAUCCUGUGGAGAACCACCACAUGUGGAAAAUGCUGCUAUAGUAACAAAGCACAUUGAUAAAUAUUUGUCCGGUGAAAGAAUACAAUAUGAAUGUAAUAAACCUUUUGAAAUAUUAGGGGAAGUAGAAGUGAUAUGUCAAAAUGGGAUUUGGACAGAACCACCAAAAUGCACAGAUUCAACAGAGAAAUGUGGGCCUCCUCCACCUAUUGACAAUGGGGACAUCACCUCCUUCCUUUUACGAAUAUAUGAACCAUCAUCGUCAGUUGAAUAUCAGUGCCAGUCCUUGUACCAACUGCAGGGUAACAAGAUAAUAACAUGUAGAAAUGGAGAGUGGUCUGAGCCACCAAAAUGUUUACACCCAUGUGUAAUUUCAGAAGAGAUCAUGAAAAGACAUAACAUAACUUACAAAUGGAAAAGAGGCCAGAAGCUCUAUUCCGAAUCAGGAGACUAUGUCGAAUUUUCAUGUAUAAGUGGAUAUAAUAGGGCAAAUGAAUCACCUCCAUUUCGUACAAUGUGCAUUGAUGGUCACAUCAAUUAUCCAAGUUGCACAAAAGAAGUUCUUGAUUUAGUGGUUGAAUAGACCUUUGUUUAGAAAUAGUCAUCAUAUUACUAAUACAGUUUCAAUUUAUGUUUGAAGUAUUGUUUAACUCAUUUCUUUUUAUAAGUGUAAAUUUGUAUUGAUAUAUAGUGAUUAAUUUGGAGCCUGAGAAAUAACUGCCACAAAUGCAAAAACAGUUCAUGAAAAGCUCCUAUGUGCCUUAAAAACCAGAAUGUGGUGUAUUCUAGCACAAUAAUCAAUAGAAAAAAUAUAUGCAAGUACUUCAGUGUCUAUUUCUACCCAUAACUUUUCAUAAUCUCAACAAUCUUCUCAACACAUUCUGAUCAAAACUUCUGACUGAUGGUGAAAAGAAAGCAUAUUGUUUCAUCUUUAAAUUAGCAUAUAUGUAAUAAUCAAACUGUCACAUUUAACAUUACUUAUGAAUAUAAGUAAUUGCUACAUACUACUUUUGUAUUAAUAAACAAAUCAAA